AUGGCUCAGUCAGUGUUUGGCAAUGAAAUGGUGCGCUCGUACAUUAUACUUAUAAGUACCGCCUUAGUCACAGUGUGUGAGUUUGUGUCGACUAAGCUGACAACGGUGUCAAGCGAUCAUCAUGCGACUUCGGCAAGCGCCUUUUACCGUUCGCUGGACGAUAAUGGCUACAGUCCCACGCUGGCGCUCAUUCUGCAGGACUACAUGCUGAUCAAUAGCACCGGUACCAUAUCCUGGAGUAAUCCGGCCUUUGCCUACUACGAUCAGCAAUUGAUCGAUGCCAUCCAACAGCAGCUAGAGGUGGAACACACACAAGAUCCGUACGAUCAGCAUCAGCUGCAGGCAGAUCACGGUCCAUCCUUGCUUCCACUGUACGGUGGUCUAAAAUUUCUCACCUACUACUGUGGUCCUGGAAAUUGGUCCGUCGAUGGAGGCACAGUGCAAAAUGCAUACUUUUCCAGCAUCGAUCAGUGCUGCAAACAGCACGACGAGUGUCCGGACACAAUAGUGCAGCGCAGGGAUUACCAACGAUACGAGGAUCUGCCAUACAAACCGCAAAUAUUCACCAGACUACGGUGUAACUGUGAUGUGGAGUUUUUAAGAUGCCUGCAAAACAUCUCUACCUUCUUUUCAUACGCUGUAGCGUGGAUAUACACAAAGUUUCAGCAUCACUGCUUCGACUACGAGCACCCUGUGAUGGAAUGUACCGCAAAGAGAAAUGAUGGGCUGUUCACCGCCGAUCGCUGCCUAACGUACAUGGUGGACAAUUCGUACGUCAAACGUUGGCAAUGGUUCGACAUACCGUACCUUAGCUCGAAUCAGUUCAUUUUUCCCGAGGUGGAGAAUCGUUACGAGCUGGACUGGUUUAACAUACUGUUUGAUCGUAAAAUGUCGAAGCCGUAA